UCUCCAAAAGCCUUGUAAAAGACUGCUUUUUGCUCUCUGGAGGCAACCGGAACGGGAAAGUUUGUUGUAAUCGUUAGGAGCCAAGGACCAAUUUGACAAUGGCAUCGCUAGCAGCCCUUGCCGCAGCACCACCGGCCACCAUCAAGGGCCUUGCCGGAAGCUCACUCGCCGGGAAAAAGCUCCACCUCAAGCCUACCACCCAGAGCUUGAAACCCAAAUCCUUAAUUAGGAGUGGUGCUGUGGUGGCAAAAUAUGGGGACAAGAGUGUCUACUUCGAUUUGGAAGAUUUGGGAAACACCACUGGGCAAUGGGACUUGUACGGAUCAGAUGCACCUUCACCAUACAACCCCCUUCAGAGCAAAUUCUCCGAGACAUUCGCCCGUCCAUUCACCAAGAGAGGGCUAUUGCUCAAGUUCUUGAUAUUGGGAGGGGGUUCGACUCUUGCUUAUUUCAGCGCCACGGCUUCUGGCAACAUUCUGCCGAUCAAGAAGGGUCCUCAACUUCCGCCGAAGUUGGGUCCUCGUGGCAAGAUCUAAUUCAGCUCACAAAUCAUCUCCGGAACAAUCUUUAGUAAAUAUGUCAUUCACUGGCUUUGAAAGUUGUAAGUACAUUGAGGAAGUAGUAACUACAAUGGAAUCAAUCUGAGGUUUCUCUU